ACAUUUCGGCCCAUCUACUAGGCCCACAAAUGAGAAUGGUGGAGAACUGACCAACGGUUCCUGCGAUUUUCAGUUCAUCGGCAAAACCCUUACAUCUUUCUCUGUGUAUGUAGUAUUUGUAUUUGUUCGUGAUUUUACACCCAAAGCAGGGCUUAACUAGGGCUCUCACCCAUAACCAUGUCUUCUACACUCGAAAUCGAAGCUCGAGAGUAAUCACCCAGAACCCAGCUCGUUUAGCAUCCUUUUCCGGCGAGUUUUGAGUUUUCCGACUGAGUUUCGAUGACUAUUUCUACUGGUUCCUUGUCGAAGUCCGAUCGAGGUUUCGUUUUGAGGUGGCUUGAAUCCGUCGAGCUGGCUGUCCGAGGUUCUGUUCCAGCUCUAGCCAAUCCGUCGCUUAUCAAGGUCCUAUCCGUUUGAUUCGAUUUCACGAAACUGAGAUGUGGGCAUGAUCUGAAUUGUUGUUGAGUUCUGUCGUGCGGUUAAUCCUGUGCAAGUGCACCAUCAAAAGAAGAAAUCUCAUUUUGCACUAGUGACUUGUGAAAGGUAAUGUUUGUCUCACAAAGCUUCGAGCACAUCACAUGAAUACAUUGAGCCCAAAAUCUGUCCACCCAAUAUUCAAACUCAUAGAACAAUGCAAAAACAUAGCCACUCUUAAGCAAGUGCAUGCUCAAAUGAUCACAACUGGGCUUAUUCUCCACACUUACCCUCUCAGUCGCAUACUUAUUUCGUCUUCCACCCUAGCUGCCACCAACUCCUAUGCGCUAACCAUUUUCAACCAAGUAAGCAAUCCAACAAUUUUCCUUUUCAACACCCUCAUCUCAUCAUCCCUUGCUAGGAAAGAUGAUCAACUUCACUUUUCCUUAGCUCUUUACUCUCGUAUUCUCACUCAAACCACUCUCAAGCCCAAUAAUUACACCUACCCCUCUCUUUUUAAGGCUUGUAGUUCUCAACCAUGGCUUCAACAUGGCCGCGCCUUGCAUACCCAUGUCUUGAAAUUCCUUGAACCACCUUAUGAUCAUUUUGUUCAAGCCUCGUUGCUUAAUUUCUACUCCAUGAGUGGUGAAUUGGGGGUUGCAAGAUUCCUCUUUGAUCAAAUCACAAGACCAGAUUUAGCUUCUUGGAACUCCAUACUUACAGCUUAUGCCCAUAAUACUUCUGUUCAAUCGGAAGCCAGUUUUGAUAAUGCUUAUGAUAGCACUAAUUUGUCAUUGGAAGUUUUGCUUUUGUUUAAUCAAAUGCAGAAAUCUUUGACCAGUCCUAAUGAAGUUAGUUUGGUGGCGUUGAUUAGUGCUUGUGCUGAUUUGGGUGCGCUUAGUCAGGGGAUAUGGGCUCAUUCUUUUGUGCUUAGGAAUGGCCUCAAGCUCAACCGCUUCGUUGGCACAACUUUAGUCACCAUGUAUGCAAAUUGUGGCCGUCUUGAUAUUGCUCGACAGUUGUUCGAUCAAUUGUUCGAAAGAGACACGUAUUGUUAUAAUGCCAUGAUUAGAGGACUUGCAGUGCAUGGCCUUGGGCUGGAGGCUCUUGACCUUUUCGAGAAAAUGGAAUUAGAAGGUUUGGUUCCUGAUGAUGUAACUAUGCUAGUUAUAAUAUGUGCUUGCUCUCAUGUGGGGUUGGUUGAUCAAGGCUGCGAAUUUUUUGAGUCAAUGAAGGAGGAUUAUGGAAUUGAGCCUAAGCUUGAGCAUUAUGGGACCUUAGUGGAUCUUUUGGGUCGAGCAGGCCGGGUGAAGGAGGCUGAGGAAAUAGUUCAGACCAUUCCUAUGAAGCCAAAUGCAGUUCUUUGGAGAUCUUUACUUGGAGCUGCUCAUGUUCAUGGUAACUUAGAGGUAGGUAAAUCAGCAUUAAAACAGUUGAUACAGCUAGAUCCAAAGACUAGCGGGAAUUAUGUGUUGUUAUCGAAUAUGUACGCUAGCUUGAACAAGUGGGAUGAUGUGAAAAAUGUAAGGAAAUUGAUGAAAGAUCAUGGAAUCGACAAAGCUCCUGGUAGUAGCAUUGUCGAUAUUGAUGGUGCUAUGCACGCGUUCCUUAUUGGCGAUAAGACUCAUCCACACGCUAAACGGAUAUAUCUGAAGCUAGAUGAGAUGAAUAGAAGGCUGCAAGAACAGGGUCAUAAGUCAGGAACAAGAGAAGUGUUGUUUGACAUUGAAGAAGAAGAGAAGGAAGAUGCGCUUUCAUACCAUAGUGAAAGGUUAGCCAUAGCUUAUGCUCUUAUUGCAUCUAAUUCUGGUGCCCCUAUUAGAAUCAUAAAAAACCUAAGGGUCUGCAGUGACUGCCAUGCAGCUACUAAGCUUAUUUCAAGAAUUUAUGAGAGGGAAAUUAUAGUAAGAGAUAGAUCUAGGUUUCAUCACUUUAGAAAUGGGACUUGUUCUUGUUUGGAUUAUUGGUAGAAUUUCUUGUACUUUGUGUUAUUUGGAACAACAUAUAGUUUACUUAGUCCGGAAAAAAAAAGUAAAUUAAUGUUCCAUUUCCUUGUGAUCUUGCUUUUGGUGAAAGAUGUAUAAAAGUAAAUCUACUGUGUUAAACUUG